CUCACACGUCCACCGACCUAAGACCGGCCGAGCGUCCAAGCUGACGCUGACUGACGGACCAGACGGAGUCACUGGGGGCAGUCCUGCAGGAGAAACUUCAGAGACCAGAGUCCCCAAGUGAGACAAAGUUCUGCAGAGAUAGCGACUGUCACGUGACCUCAUACUUCCAUUCUCUCACUAAAAAGACAAGUGAUCGUUUGAGAAGGCAGCAUUACUUGGCUUUGACCGACAGUCAAAGUUCUUCACAUCAGUUGUCAAUGGUUGCAUAGUCCCAGUGUGGUCAGUCCAGCGCUGAGACACAAAGUCACUCUGAAGAUUUGAAAAUAAGGGGACACUUGGAGAAGGAGGAACUAGACCACACUUCCCGGAGGCUGUAUUUGUGUCCCGGUUUCUACGCCUGAGUGUGUCUGCAUCCUGUCCGACCCAUCUCCUCAGUGUAAAGAUGCAGAAGAGCGGCUUCUUCGGCAACGGGAAGGCGACAGCGGCGCUGUGCUUGGUGCUUCUAAUGCUGGCUCCACAGGUGCAAGCCGGUCCAGUCCUCCAACAGGGCCGGGUCCGGUCCAGCUAUGAGCAGAGCUUCAGUCGUCAGGUGGACCGGGGGUUCCCCGCCCUGAAGAGGACAGUCCGCAUGACGCCUCUAUGGAGGAUCCUGAGCAGUAAACCACACGGAGCCCACUGCCAAAAGAACUACGAAUGCUCCACCGGACUCUGCAGGGGAGGUUACUGCUCUUUCAUUCACUGGCCCCCGUCAGAGCCGGUGAAGUACUAGAAGGAGGAAUCCCAGGCUAUGACGUGUGUGUUUACAUAACGUUAUAGGCAUAUUCCCUGUGCUUAUAAACACAUAUCUGACUUUAUAAGAAUCAAGAUGUGAGCUUAUCCAGCCUUCAUGUUAACCGGACCUGGCAUUCGCAAGUGCCAGGUCCUUAACGGAGAAAAAAAACUUGACUGUCACUAAUAACAUUGGGAUAUCAAUGUGCACUUGCACAACAAGUAGUUUCACCCUCAUUGGUUAGAGGUGAAUUGCAGACAUUGGGAUAAUGUUCCUCAUAUCUUAAGAAAACAAGAAAUGAACAAAGAAAUAUCAAAACAAAUAUAAUAGGAGGCAUAUGGAAGCAUAUUUGGGCCAAUGGAGUUUUUUUUCUCACGAACAGGGGGCGCAUGUGGGGAGAGGGGGUUAUAUUCAGAAUUUCUGAGAAAAAAAGUCAGUUUAGUGUUUAUUGGGGCUAUUCGUUGAAAUGGAUGACAUGACUGCUCUUAUCAAUGUAUUUUAUAUAAUUUUGAAUUGGAUUUGGUAAUAACUUUGUUGGCACAUCACCUGAUCAUAACAAGUAUUCGUACUUUGAAGCGACGUCAUGAAGUGGGUCUUUUCAGGUGGAGAAAUACUUCAGACUUGAGGUAAUAGCCUUUGUGCUGUAGGAACUAUCGAGAAACGGGUAAAUGCAAGGCUAUCGUCGGGGGCAUCUUUGAGCUAUUUCAAGGGGAUUUGUGGUGCAACAAUAUGCGAUAUGACUCAAUAUCAAAUCAGUAGAUCCUCAAGGUGUGGAAAUGCAAUGGGCACAUCAUCUGUGGUGACGGCAGUACUCUACCCAAGGUCCUCAUGCACUCUGGCAUAUGGACUCGCAUGAUAAACUGAAACUAACUCCAAAAUAUAACUUGAUAAGAGUAUUCAUGUCAUCCACUUUAACGAAUAGCCCCAAUGAACACUAAACUCUGACUUUUAUCUCAGAAAUUCUGACUUUUUCCUCAGAAAUUCUGACUUUCAACUCAGACUAUCAUCCUCGGGGCGCUCCCCCUCUUCGAGAGAAAACCCUCCGUUGGUGGCCCUAUUACACUUCUGUAGAGGCAAGAUGUAGUAAGGGGUAAAAACAGAAGGCCAAUCAAUUGACAGAUGAUAGCCUUGUUAUUGUUUCCUCUCUCUUUUGUUUGACAACAUGAUGUGAUGUGAUAUCAGUGGGUUGAUGAAUAUGAAAUCCCGACCAACUUAUGAAAUGGCUCUAACCCAAUCUCACAAAAAGGUGCGCGAACAACUGAGAGAGAGAGACCUGAACAAGGUUUUGUUUUUUGUUUUUUUGUGCUCCCAACCAAAAGAUUUCAACUCCUACGCCAAAAUGAGGAAGUCCUCUUUCAACAAAUUGGAGGUGAGACAAUACAAAAGAAACUUUUUUUUACUCUAAGCACAGUGCAAUCUGCCCCGCCAACCGAUCUCACUCGUCCAUUUCCACCUUGAACUUUAUUCCACAAUUGGUGCUAACCCACAAAUGAAGCCUGGUGUGUAUGAUAUGUCUUUAUCUAGAAUAGCCUAUUCCGUUUUUUUUUUUCAACCAUCAUGGUCACUGGUUGGAUUAGAUAUAGCAUAAAAACUAUCAGAACGUUCCUUGCUAAUGUCAAGGUACACGUCAACAUGUGACCCCCCCCCCCCCACACACACUUCCCUCAAUUUUGUCAAGACUUGAAAAACACAUCUCCUUAGAUAAAAGCAAACAUCUCAGUUUUAACCUGGAGUUCACAUGGUCAAAUCUUUCUCUUUGGAAAUGGCUUCUUUGCCCUUUUCGUUUGCCCCCAAUAUAUGUUCCACUGGCGGCUGUUUUUUUUUUUUUGGAUCAGGUGACAGCGAAAGAAAGAGGGAGAGGUCCAAUGUGCAGGGAAGAUAGCAAUGGCCGCUGUGUCUCCCACAUUUCAACACUGCCGUCACGUGUCGUGUUCGUUACAUUAUCAGUGGGCCAACGCGUAUCGGUUGGUGACAUAGCCAAUCCAGUUGCCCCAAUUCUAAACAUGCUAAAAUGCCAGGUUUUUGGAAAAAUCUCAUAUGACUAACAUGAGGUCCGUACUUGAAUAUCAUUAUUUUUUUUCUUUAUGGUAAAAUUUUAGUCCAAUGUUUGCAAUAUUUGCACACUAUCAAGACUGACAAUAGACUAGAAUUGCGGCAUAGUAGUGUAUACUAUCCACCAUCCAGUUAUUUUGGGGGGUCUGUGUAGCUUAGCUGCUACAUAGCCCUGUUGUAGUUGUUGUCGCCCUGUUGUAGUUUGAACAUCACCACGUUAAGUCUAGCCUUCUUACAACUCAAGCGAUUCAAUAUAAUACGAAAGCACAAUUCUUCUGCAAGAUGCACUUCAUCAGCUAUCUAUGUGCACAAGCUGUAAUCUUUAUGUUUCGAGCCACCUAUGAUGAUGCCAAUGACCCCCGCCCCCAUCAGCGAUUCACCCAAGCAUUGCUCACUGGGAUGAUUAAUUUAGUUCAAGUUUCACUUUAUUGUCAUAUACAUAUAAGAAGUACCAUGUACCUUCAAAUGCAUAUGACCUGGCUCUCUUGUUGUUCUCUAGCUGUGGCUAUGCUGUUUCUAUGAUGUUUGAAGACAUUUUUUCAAUCCUUCUCAGUUGUUUGUGGUCCUGUUCAGUCAGGUUGCUAAUCCAUACCAGUAUGCUUCCAGUAAGGAUGUUCUCUAUGGUAGUUUGAUAGAAAUUGACCAGGGUUUUUGUGGACAUUCUGAAUUUUGUAAGCCAUCUCAGAAAGUAGUCUCUGUUGUGCUUUCUUAAUGACACAACUGGUGUUUAGAGACCAGGAGAGGGAGUCUGAGAUCUGAAUGCCUAAAAAUCUGAAGUUCUUCACAAUUUUAACAGGGACAUUGUUGAUGUGAACUGGUGUCUGAACCACUUUAGACUUCCUAAAAUCAAAAAUGAUCUCCCUCCUUUGCUUUCUCAACAUUUAAGGAGAGGUUGUUAUCUUGACACCAUAUGGAUAGGUCCCUCACCUCCUAUAGGCAUCUUAAUUGUUGCCAUCUAUUAGUCCAGUUACUGUAGUGUCAUAUGCAAAUGUCACUGUGCUGUUAUGAUAUUUGGCAACACAGUCAUGUGUGAACAGACUGUAGAGUAAGGGACCAAGACAACAGCCCUGUGGUGCUCCUGUGUGGGGAACUAUGGUCAGUGACUAGCUGGUACCUGCUCUCACUGUCUGAGGUCUGCCUGUCAGAAAGUCAUAUAACCACGUACAUAUGUAUUACAUAGACCAAGGUCCCUAAGCUUUAACACCAGUUUAGAUUGUACAAUGGCAUUAAAUGCAGAGCUAUAGUCAAUAAACAAAAUUUUUUCCUUCAAGGUAUUUUAACACAGUUAUGCGGAGCUAAUGACACAGCAUCUUCCACAGAUCUAUUUGACCAAUAAGCAAACUGUAGCGCAUCAAGGUUGGCAGGAAGUCCCUCCCUGUCCCAUCACCGCUACGCAAGAGCAAACAUAAUAACUGCCCACGUUUCCUUGAGCAGGACACCGAGUCUCCUCCUGGUCUGAGGACAUCGGUUGUCCCGCGUUCAGACGUUGUUGGAAAAAAAAUAAAGAAACAGCGUCUUGGCAGGAAAAGCAGAUUUCUCAUCAGGAAAUACAAAGUGUACAAAACAGAUAGAUUAGAAGUACUGUGAAAUCAGAGGGGACAAAGAUAGAUAAAGAAGAUAAGAAAUAGGGGAAAGCGAGGAGAGAUGUCUCCUGAUGGAGGGAGAAGGAAGAAUGCCUGAGAGAGAGCGAGAAGAGAGAGAGAGGACAGACGGGGAGAAGAGGUUACAAAGCAAUAUUGGGGCCAUCACCACUUUGGACGUUUCUCCUUUUCACAUUUUCGGUGGUUUGUUUGUUUUUGGAUUUAUUUGGAGAGACGUUGGGAAUGUGUGUCCUGGCCCUUUUGAAAGUCGUCCUCAAGGUUGUCAAAGCACAAAUCAGCGCAGGAGCUUUUUUGAUUACACAUCAGAGAUUUAUUUACUCACUUCAUCUGCAAUGUAUACGCAUUUCUUUUUGUGUGUGUGUGUAAUUUCCAUUAUGCAAUGAUUCCUUGGACGUUUUUAUUUAUUCUACAUUUUGUUAAAAUGCCAAAAUUGCACCCGUUUUAUUUCAUUUACUGUCAUUACAUUGUACAAAUAGAUAUGAAUAUCUUAUAUAUGGUUAGGGUUGGGGGGAAAAACCCAUCAGUCACCCUGGCUGGAUAUUUCUUUCAGCUUUGGGUUUUUGGACAACAAGCUAUUGAAUUGUAUUGCUCUGACAAUCUCAAAUCUUUUAUUAUUUUAACUGUUUUUACUUUAAAAUGGUUCAGCACUUUUAGUCCACAUCGGCUGUUUUUAAACUAUAAAGAGGACUGACCUGACUUGAUCAAAAGGGGGAAAUACAGUGUGUGUGUGUGGAGGGGGGGGGGAUCCUGUGGCUCUCUCCUAGUCCGUGUCAUUGUGUCGCUGAUGUUUCGUUCUCAGUGGGAUGUGAAACGUCUGAGUAGCUUUGCACUUACAAGCCUGAACUAUCUUUGUACUGUGUAUUAUCUGUGUACUGUGUAUGUCGCAUGCAGAAGUUGGAGGGAAAAAAGGUGAAUAAAAACGUUAAAAAAG